AUGGAAGAACGGGCGUGUGAGACGCACUUCAUGAAAAAUGUGUCAGCCAAUGAGCAAGGUAGAUAUAUAGUCAGAUUGCUGGUAAGGGAGGACGUGUUGUGUCAAAUCGGCGAUUUGAGGGACAUAGCCUUGAAGUGUUUUCAUAAUUUAGAGAGACGCUUGCAACGUGAACCAGCCUUCAGGGUCUCGUAUAUAGAAUUUUUACGUGAAUAUGAGAGAUUAAGACACGUGCGGCAGACUUCUUCGCAUGAUUGUGAGGAGGAAGUCGCGAUCUAUUUACUGCACUAUGGUGUUAUAAAGGGUGAGGGUCGUGAUGCCAAAUUACGCGUGGUUUUCGACGCGUCGUGUAAGAGUAGCACAGGGAUCUCCUUGAAUGACGUGUUGAUGAUCAGGCCGACUAUACAGCAAGAUUUAGUCUCAAUAUUAUUGCGUUUUCGCACGUUUGCAUACGCGUUCACCGCAGACGUAGAAAAAAUGUAUUGA